AUGAACUGCCAGAAAUGCCGCCAGCCUCUUAGGCUGGACGGAUCCCUCGAGGACCUCAACCCAGCCGCCUACGAUGUGCUUGUUUCAUCGACAUCUCCCCAGACCCUUAAGAAAUCAUCUGUGACGAGCCCACCAAUUACGCAACCACAAGAGCAAGCACGCAAGUCUCUAUACGAAACGGUCUCAAGAAAUACCGGGCCACCGACGUUCAAGCGCAACCACGGAGGGCAUCCCCGCGAUUCCUCUAUGUCUUUUGUUUUAUUGUCAGAGUCCCAGAUGACUCACCCGAGUCAGCCUACAGAGUCUCCCGCUAUGCCAAUACCAUUGCGCCGUGCCAGCUCUGCCAGAAGUAAUGGCGAUAAUGUCGACGCGCCCGUUGGAAACGAGAUGGAAAGGGUCAACCGACUUUUCGAAAUUCUAUCUGCGCGAUCUGAUAUCGACCACCCUAUCUGCGUUGAAUGUACGGAAAUGCUUGUUGAGGGCCUGCAGAAGAAGCUAGAGGUUGCUUCACGCGAAAGAGACGCCUAUGUUAAACAUCUGAAGGAGGCCAAAGCAAACAAACCAAGCGAAGAAGACAUAAAAGCUCAAGGGGAAGCGCUGAGAAAAGCUGAGCAGGACAGAGCAACAGCUAUGGAAGAGCUGAAGAAGCUGGAGGCGGAAAAGACUUCCUUGGACGGGGAGCUUGUAGCUCUUGAGGAGGAGUCGCGACAACUUGACAAAGAGGAGGAGAAGUUCUGGAGGGAACGAAACGAGUUUGCCACCAAGAUGGGUGAAUUCCAGGCGGAAAAGGACAGCAUCAACGCCAAGUACAGCAACGAUUCCCAGCUCCUAGAAAAGCUGCAGCGAUCUAACGUAUAUAAUGACACCUUUUGUAUCAGCCACGAUGGGAGCUUCGCGACAAUCAACGGUCUUCGGCUUGGACGUCUCUCUAACAAACCGGUAGAUUGGCCAGAAAUCAACGCCGCAUGGGGACACGCACUGCUACUCUUGGUUACCGUUGCGGACAAACUUUCCUACAGAUUCGAUGGAUAUGACCCGCAGCCUAUGGGAAGUACGUCAAGAAUCAUCCGAUACGAAGUACCGAGCCCUUCUUCCAGCCGAAUAGGUAGUCGAGCUGUCAACGCACCCCCAAAGAAGCAUGUACUCGAGUUGUACAGCUCUGGCGAUAUGCCUCUAGGAUUAACCUUCAUGCACCGACGCUUUGAUAACGCCAUGGUUGGGUUCCUGGAGCUUGUGCGACAGCUGGGCGCCUUGCCAUAUAAGAUUGACGGCGACAAGAUUGGUGAUGUCAGCAUCAAACUCGGCAUUGCCCAAGACGAUGGAUGGACGAAAGCGUGCAAGCUGACAUUGACGUGUUUGAUUCACGCUCUCGCUACUCUUCUCCUUUUAAACCCUUACAUUCACAACAAUUCCCAACUUCUUCAACCUGAAGCAUCCUCUAUAAAGUACUCAAAAUGGGCAGUUGCGCUCAUUGUGGCAAGGCUUCAACCGUGUGGUGCUCUCAUUGCGUCGGAGCUCCAGAAUACCACGACGGAGAUGCUGUCACUACCUUCUGGUGCAGCCCCGAAUGCCAGGCAGCUCACAAGCCAACUCAUCAAGAGUAUUGCUACAACCUACAACGACGCAAAACUCUUUUACGCACGACCAAGCUACUCAAAGCAGCACUUUUGGCGUACAAGGAGGUUGUUCCUCACACACACCCCGAAUCGAAUUGAGCGCCAUCCUUUCCCGAGCCACCUUACGGGUAUUGAAGAGCACAAACAAGCUGCUCUUCUAGUAAACCAGUGUACUAUGUCGAUUUCUCUCCUUGGUCCGAUGGCCAGGGGUCUCUUGGCCGGAAUUGUCUCCCGAAUGGAUGUCGCCGUUGUUGAGAUUCAGAAUCCUCCCCUCACUAUCAAAUUUCACCCCCCUGAUGGCAUCAUGACAGACCGGAAGUUCCACACCAUUAUUGAAGCGACAUUGGACUCAUCAGGAGAACAAUGGCUGAUCGAUGUCACAGGCUGUCAGUAUGGCUUCCGGGAGAUUCUGCUUCCACUUGAGAAGUACAUUGCACAGAACAACUGCUCCUCAUAUGAGCUGUUGCAGCCUUAUGGUCACACUGAAACCACCGACCAAGACGAACUUCCCCACUCACCUUUGAUCAUACUCACAAGAGGGCCCAAUGAACAACAGUUGGCAGACAUUGAAAUUGAGAAAGGUUAUCGUCGACACUUCGGCGCCCUAGUUCGCGCAAUAAUCAAUCAAGGUUUGACUCAGGGGUCUGACGCUCAAUUUGCAGUCACUCUCGAUGGAUUGGUCCACCGAGUGAUCACAUACAUGUCAAGUUAUCGACCUUCGAUGGGGGCAUACCAGGAGAGCAUUAUGCACUGA